CAGUGAAGAGGGAGGCAGGGCCAUAUCAUGAUAAAGUGCUUGGGGAAUCUUUUCUGCAGGGGUCUGUUGAACAGCUUUCAAGUGCAGAUGGGUCAGCGAGCCCCUCAGACACUGGAUUGAUGACAGCUGUUGUUCCCCCCACCCCCCACCCCCAAUCUCAAAGCAUUGCUAUGGGUCGAUGCCAUACUUGUUUACUCAGGAAUAAACAAUGAAAGGAACUUUGUUAGGACCAAAUCCUUCCUUCAGCUCUGAUGUUGCAUGAUCGGGGUGAAGUUUCCAUCAAAUGCGGGCACCUCAACAGGUAGCAUUUUGUAAAUGCCUCCUCCGACCUACCCUCCUGCUUCUCCCUCACAAGAUUCUUCAUUUUCGGUUUGAGAAGACGUUGGGGAUCCUGGGAGAGGGUCCAGUGUCGUCAGGGCAGUUGCAAUUGUUUAUGCGAUGAGCACAGUCACAGCGCUUGCAGAACAAAAGCAUCGAAGAGAGGCGAGCGCCGGUCCACCUCCUGCAAUCACAGGCAUCAUUUCAGUGGAAGGCAAAGAAGGUGUAAGCUACAAGCAGAGGCAGCAAACGCCCUGGUUCCUGCGUUGCUGCUGCUACUAUUACUGCUGUGGCUGCGCCUCCUCCAACACAGCCAACCAGGCUGCGUGCGAGCCAGGGCAGACGCCUGGCCACCUCCCCACUCUUUCUUCCAGCCAUCCAUCUAUCCUAACACCCCAGAUCCAGGGGGCCCUACUGUGUGCCGGACUCAGGGCCGGGCACGCAACCCGACCCACAGUCUACGGAGUUCGAGAGCCUUCCCUCUUCCCCCCGCCCCGGGUGGGUGCGGCCAGUGGGGGAUUUCACUGCCGAAAGGUCCAGAAAACCCAAGCCCAGAAUCCGGGCGAGAGGCGCAGCCGGAGGCGGCCCGACCUGGGCGGCCCGGGAGCGCGCGCCUCCGAGACCGCGCAGGGUCGCCCUGUCUGGCGCUCAGGUGGCUCCUCCGUCCACUCAGCAGCUCCCCUCCCCGGGCCCUCCCCUCUCCAGCGAGGGUCGAGUUUGACUGUGGCGCGCGGGGAAGGAGGGGCUACUAGGGAUUUGAAAGUGCACGGGCUGCGGAGUGGAGCUCGCAUCUGUUCCCGCCGCCCGCGAGCGGAUUAAAUUUCUGCAAAUUCAAACUGAAUGGGGCUUUCUUCUGCUGCCUUCCAGAGGGCGCCUGCAGCCCGCCGCGCUCUUCUCUCCGGCGGGAGCGGCCGCCCAGCGCACGGCUAGGAGCGAUCGCUGGAGCCGGACCCAAGCCCGUGCGGGCCAGACGGCGGCGGCGAGGCGGAGGCUGCGGAGGCGCCCGGGAUCCCGGACCCAGGCACCCAGGCACCCGGACCCCGGGACCCAGGCACCGCCGGACCGCGCCCCACCCCGCACGCCCGAGCGGGGCGACUGUCAUUAGCUUCCUGGACGGGACCCGGGGCGGGAUCCUGGUGUCCUGAAAGGGGCCCGGGCGACCCUCCGAGGAAGAACUUUUGGGGGCGGGGUCCCUGGUACCGCGUCCCCUGGGCGGCCGCUAUUGUCUGCGCGCCUCGCUUGGCGGCGCGGGGGGCGUGAUCGCGGCGGCCCCGGGCGCUGGGUGCGGAGACCCGGGCGGGGCGGGGCUGGGCCCAGGGCGGCGGCGGGAGAAGCCGAAGGAGCCGGGGAAGCCGAGGAGCCUGGAGAGGAGGAGC